ACUUAUUAGCCAAGACAGGAAGCCCCACCCCAAGAGGCCUCAAAGAAAGAGCCGCGGUGCAGGAAUUCGUGUGCCACAUUUGGUUAGCUGAGCCCACCGAGAGGCGCCUGCAGGAUGAAAGCUGUCUGUCUCCUCCUUCUCCCUGUCCUGGGGCUGCUGGUGUCUAGCGAGAGCCUGUGCUCCUUGGAAGAAGCCAUCAACGAGAAGAUCCAGGAGGGCGCCAGCUCUCUAAUAUUUAGGGCAAUAAGGAGCAUUGACCUGGAGUGCCAGAGCGUCACCUCCAGGGGGGACCUGGCUACUUGCCCCCGAGGCUUCGCCGUCACCGGCUGCACUUGUGGCUCCGCCUGUGGCUCGUGGGAUGUGCGCGCCGAGACCACAUGUCACUGCCAGUGCGCGGGCAUGGACUGGACCGGAGCGCGCUGCUGUCGUGUGCAGCCCUGAGGUCGCGCGCAGCGCGUGCACAGCGCGGGCGGAGGCGGCUCCAGGUCCGGAGGGGUUGCGGGGGAGCUGGAAAUAAACCUGGAGAUAAUGAUGAUGAUGAUGGA